AAAAAUCUUAUUUCAAUCUGCAGAGAGAACAUUAAACAUCUAACUUCUAGAAAUGUCGCGUAUCUUCUGCGGAAAAAAAUGACUGGAAGCUGUUAGGCCGACAUAGCACACUCGGCGAAUGCCCUAGAGUCUGGCGGCGGCGGCCUCCUCCGUUUAUUUCUUCGUUUGGGGUAUUUGAACUCUCAUGAGAACUCUCAUGAGCGCUACGGGUAUCGCCCUUUCAGAACACCCUUCUGACUCAAGCCUGCCAAUGGCGACCCUACCUUCACUCCCCGAGGAUCUUAUCCGACUCAUUGCCGAAUGGAUUGUGUGCGACGACCUCGAUCGCGGAUGUUUAGUGUGGGGCGAAGAACAGAACGCAUACCGGCUUCUCCUCCCACUUUCCGAGUCCUGCAAGCCGCUGCGAGCGUACAUGAAACCACUGAUCUUCAAAACUCUGCACAAUUGGAAUAUAGAUGGGGAGUCGGUUUGGCCACAGGACCUUUGGCCGCAUGUGGUCACUGUCAAGCUCAGGGACCAUGUGGCUCAGGAUCAAGCUGUCCUGAAAGUUACCCAGGACGUGUACACCGCCCUCACCCAGAUGCCUCUGUUGACGAAUGCGAUCCUACGGUACAACUCGGUCGUGCCACCAGCUGCUCUGCAAAGUCUCGGUGCUGUCACAAACCUCAAGACCCUUGAGAUACACCAAGCACGCCUCGACGGCCUGCUUCUGUCGUCCCUGUCCUUCCCAUUGCUUGAGAAGCUCGUCGUGACUAUCACCGGUUUCAGAGGGAUCUCGCGAGCAAACGAUAUUGACCGUGCGGCCGAGCGAGCCAACGUCGGCCGUCUUCUUCGUUGUGUGUCCCGCAACCUCACGUUCCUCCAUCUCUCGGGUGACCUGAUGCCUGUCGACUUUGACAAGAUUCGCUGGCCAAGAUUGCAGAGCCUCGCUGUAUCGGAGCACACUCCAUCGAGGCAGUUGUUGGUCCCUGCGCUUACGGCCCAUAUGCCGAGCCUUUGUGAUUUGCAACUUCUGUAUGCAGCUGACAUGUCCCGUACUUCGGAAGGGCUGCGCCCGCCCUUCGCUUACGGCGAUCCAGCUGGCAGAUCGUUGCGUCACAUCUUACCUCGCCUCACCGCUCUUUCUCUGUCCAAUGUCAGCGACGACGAUCCGAUCUUCUCACAGCUUCCCGAGUCCUUGAACGCUCUGCACAUCCACGCUCGUUGCGAUCCGCAUUACGGAGCCGACCAUGCCGACCUGCCUAAACCGGCCGUGGCAGCAUUAUCCAACGCCUCGGCAAUAGUGCUUGUCAAGCGUCUAUCCUUUCUAUCAGACCUAAUCGAAUUUACUAUUUCCGUGAACGAGUUUCCGACAGCACCAUUGUUUGACACGAUCGCAAGCCGAUUCCCGAGAUUGACUUAUCUUGAAGCGUCUCGCGCAAACUAUCAGCAGCGUCGUGAUGGAUGGGACUGCACAGGUCGAGUGACACGCAAUGACACCGUGCUCAAUGCCAUGUCUCGUUUCCCUCGGCUUCGCACCCUCAAGCUGACCCUGCAUACGGUCGAGAGUUCUCGCAGAAGUAACAUGGAGCUCGGCGAGACGUUGCGCCGGCUCUUCGGUGGCAUCGCAUCUCUCCAAACGGUGUAUUUUCCGUGGUUCUUCGAGCCUCCCUGGCUCCCGUGGCAAACCCCCGAUCCCGAAACUUGGGAUUCGUACGACAGAGGCGUUCUGGAUCAGUGGCCCUGCCGCGAAUCGCCGCAACCAGUCGGGGUCCCCAUCGUGCUCUGAGGUCCAUAGUGAUCGCGAACGACCGCAAAAAGGAGCUCGACAGGUCGGUCUCUAGUUUCACGCAAUCCACAGCGAGUAAUGGAGUAGUCGCUAAGAAUGGAUAUUUCAUAUGACUACUUUUGCUCGCUCCGAUCCGGUCUGGUCACGGGCUCCCACUCCAGUGGGUCCAGUCAGCUGUAAGCACCUGUCGAAUACAUGCAGACGCCCUGCUCGUUUUCUGGUUCCCGAUA